AAAUUCAUGCGAUUCCAACAGAGGAGUACGCAACAGAAAACUCGGUCGGGUAGGAAACUUGAAUGGAAACCAGUUGUAAGAGAUAGAGUUGCUGCUGCUAACAAGGAAGAAACUUCCUUAUCAAGUGGCUCACAAGGUUCGAGUUUCCAACAAAGAAAGAACGAACGACUGCCAAGACAGCAGCUACGACACCCCGAGACAAAGGUGAAGCACAAUAAAGCUCACAAGUCAAGUAUUGGUGGAGACAGCAAAGAAGGUAUACUUGCGUUGAAUGGAAAGAGACGUUCGGCAACAGCAAAUGUUGGCAAACGAAGGAGUAACGUAGGCCAGAAGAACGGUUUGGAAGGCGAAAAUAGAGGAAGAUACGAUAACUUUGCUGAGGAAAGUUUGAGAGAUUCUUUGAAGCAAUCUUUAUGGAGGGAAACAUAUGAGUGUAUGGUAUGUUACGAGGAUAUUCAACGCAGUACUUCGACUUGGAUGUGUGAUACCUGCUUUGUGGUACUGCACCUUUCCUGUGUUUUGAAAUGGUCAAAGUCCAGUCAAGAGCAGAAAAAUAAUCAACAGCACCAUUCCAGCUCAAAGGUCGCUCACUGGUUGUGUCCUGCUUGUAGAAAGAAUUAUACCCAGGUUUCGUUGGAAUAUUUCUGUUUCUGUGGCAAACAAAAGGAGCCCCAUCUAGAGCCUGGAAUUGUUCCUCAUUCGUGUGGUAAUAUUUGUGGCAAAAGUUUGGCGAAGAAGGGUUCUAAUUGCCCUCAUACUUGCCUAGAACUUUGUCACCCAGGUCCCUGUCCUCCAUGUUCUGCGUUGAGAGAACCCAAGUCUUGUCGUUGUGGGAAAGAACAAAUCGUAAGGAGGUGCUCAGAGCCUUUUCCUGAAGAAGGUUAUUCUUGUGGUUUGACUUGUGGAAGACUAAUGGAAUGUGGCCACUAUUGUGAACAAGUAUGUCAUAAAGGUGCUUGUGAACCCUGUCAGGUUCCAGUAGAAACCAGUUGUUAUUGUAAAUCAGAAAACAGUAUCUUCCCUUGUUAUUUAUUGAAUAUGGAUUGCAAAGGUGGAGGUUUUAGUUGUGGUCGAAAAUGCAGUCAAGUGUUGGACUGUGGUAAUCAUCAUUGUGAACAGAUCUGUCAUCCGGGACCUUGCGAGAGUUGUAAAUACUUGCCCUGUAAUUGGAAGACCUGUGCUUGUGGAAAAGUAUCAUUGGAACAUUUGGGGAAUUUGGUUUCUGCAGAACGCCAUAGUUGUCUUGAUGCUUUACCUAGCUGUGGUCAGAACUGUGGCAAGACUUUGAAUUGUCUACUUGGACAUGUUUGUCAGAGAGUUUGUGGUCAUUUGGAUCCUUGUGGGCCUUGUACAUAUGAAGUUGAGCUUCCCUGUCGUUGUCAGAAUGAGACCAUUCAAGUUGCUUGUAGUGAUUCGAAGGAGACUCUGUUACAGCAGCUUGCUUGUAACCGUAUUUGUGGAGGAAGGUUGAGUUGUAAGCGACAUUAUUGCAAACGUGUUUGUUGUCCUGGCAACAAGAAAAAGACCAAAAAAGGAAUUGAACAACUUUGUCCAUCGCUUGAACAAAAGGAAAAGAUUGUCGAAUAUUUGGGAGAUUUUUGGAAUUGCUUUUCACACACUUGUGAACAAAAAUGUAAUCAGUUGCUGAACUGUGGUUAUCACUAUUGUGACCUUCGUUGUGGACAUGAGGGCCAAUGUUAUCCUUGUGGUAUUCUUUUAUGGGAACCGUUAACCUGUGCCUGUGGAGCUGAGCGCAUCAUUCCUCCUUUCCGUUGUGGAACUCCUCCUCCUGUUUGCAAUCGUCCUUGUCAACGUGUGAGGUCAUGUGGGCAUCCUUGUCCUGAUCGAUGUCAUUUUGGAGAAUGUCCGCGUUGUGUUGUCUUGAUGAAAAAGGAAUGUUUAGGAGGUCAUGGAAUUUCUAUAACCAUUCCAUGUUUUGUUGAGCAAGUAUUUUGUGGAAGGGUCUGUGGGAAGAUUUUGAAAUGUGGCAUUCAUACCUGUAAGAGGAAUUGCCAUGCGGACAAGUGUGAUGAUGCAGCAGUUGAAGAAGAAGGAGUAGGUUGUUCGAAUGUAUGCAAAUUACCAAGAAAAGCUUGUGGACAUCCUUGUCGGUCCAAGUGUCACCCUGGCACUCCAUGUCCAAAUAUUCCUUGCGAGCAUCUCGUGACAGUUACUUGUCCUUGUGGAAUGAAAAGGGAAGAAGGAAUAUGUGGACAGCUGGAUACGGAGAAUGAUGUAGCAAUAAAGGAGCAGAAUGAAUAUGUUCGUCUAGAAUGUGAUGAAAGUUGUAGCCGUUUGAAUCGAGCUAGAGAAUUUGCCGAUGCUGUUGGCAUUCUUCUUCCAUGCAUGGAAGAGAAGAAGCAAACUCUCAUGAACUCUGACAUUUCUUAUUCAGAUUUUUUAAUAGAAUUUUGUGAAGAGAAUAUGGAAUUUGUGUUAUCUUUUGAACAAUCACUUCGAGAGCUACUGCAAGGUCGUUUUGGUAGGCGUAUGAAGACGCAACCCCUUCCAAGACUUUAUCGUGCUUUUGUUCAUGAACUUGGUAAAAUGUUUGGGUUAGAAACCGCUUCGGUUGACAACUAUCCAGAAAAAGAGAUGGUUGUUUCGUUGCCGAAAGAUAUGGAGAACAUCUCUAUACCAAGUCGACUUUUAACAGAUGUUGUGAAAGAGAGAAUACAACGAGCUAAACAAGAACGCCAAGAUAGGACGAAGCGCAGAUUGCGUAUUGAGUUGAUAGGAGAGAAACAAGUUGAAGUUGGGACACGCAAGUUGGAACGGCUGUUACUCGCACAUCAAGGUACUUAUAAGAUCCUAACGAGUAGGCCUCUUGAAAGAACGUUAGAGUUUGAUGUAGAAUUUUCAACAGCAGAACGAACUGCAAGUGUGCUUCGUUCUUUAGAACAUAAGAAGCCCACAGUUGUUGCCCAUCCGUUCACCGUAGAUGCAUAACUAUAAAGCUGUUCACGGAGAU